GAUGGUGAACUGUCAAAUGUCAUGUGAAGCAAACUAAAAUAAAAAAUAUUUUAUCAAAAAAUAUUUCUUUCCUAAUAUUGUGAUUGAUUGUAUGUAAUACUAUUGAUGAAACUAUUAUAACAAAUUACAAUGGCGUGGCUGGGAUCGACUGUAUUGAACGCUUUCUGGAAACCAACAGUUAACAUAGUGAGAACCCGGUAUCAUGCUGAAAAGCAACGCGUCGUGAGAAGAUAUGGUUAUGAAGAGAAGAUCUGGAGUGGAGGAUUACUUCCUCGCGGGGUCGAGAAACCUCUGCCGGUGCCAGAGUAUAGGCCAGCAAACGCCUGGACGGAACGCAAAGCUCUGUUCGGUCAGAAUGACUACAUUGAUAUUCUUGGAUCAGGAGAAUUGCAUCCAGUGAAAAUUCUGUACACUGUACCGGCAUGGAUUAGAGGAGUCAGUGGAAAUGAAUAUCAAAUUUUGCUGAGGAAAAGGAAAAUGUGGGCUAACACUGGCACCCGUCAAACAAGACCAACUAAAUGGAAAGACAUGGAGAAGAGAAUAUCAUUCUUGUACAGAAAACUUAAUAGAAAAACAAAGACAGGACCAUCUCCUGAUUAAUUACUAUUAUUUAUUAGUUAUUAUGUUGUAGAAUAUUAGGAAAUAAAGUGUUAUGAAAUGAA